AUGCUCAAGUUCCGAGCGGACCGCAAAGUGAGGCAGUGUAAUCUGGACAUGAAUGGGAACGCUGCUGCUGGACGCCUCCCUCACUCCAAAAGUGCCAUCAUGGUUUCAGAGGUGUCCCAGGAGAACCAGCCAUACAGCCGGACUUCUCGGACGCCUCGGAAAGCUGCUUCUUUUGGAAAGCGCUCCAACUCCAUGCGCAGAAAUCCCAAAGCUGUCGUUACAAAACAGGGCUGGCUGUACAAGCAGGGCAGCAGCGGGGUGAAGCAGUGGAACAAGCGCUGGUUUGUCCUCACUGACAGAUGUCUGUUCUACUACAAAGGUGGGUCUUAUUCUAUUCUCCAGCACAAAACAGCUGCCUGA